GCGGGGUGCUUGGGGUGGGGGGGCCGGGGGAAGUGAAGCAAUUCGUGAUUUUCUCGGGAGCCGGCGUGAUGGAGUGCCGAGCGUUUGGAGGGACGGCGCCAGCCUCCGUACGAGCAGAGGGUCUGCCGCAGGAAGAGAUGGCAAAGACGGAAGCCUGAAGAAUCGACCUCUUUUCCCAUUACGCCAAAGCACAAAACCCUGAGAAGUCGUUCCAAGUGGCUCUUGUGGAAAAUGUGUCAUCCCCCCGGUAGCUCCACUGCGGGCCCCAAACGCGUCGAGCUGCCAACUCCGAUAAGGGUCUGGCUGCUAACCGUACAUGUCUGAUUUGAUUGGAUGUGACCAGCGCGCUGCCCAGCAACAUGCAGUGGAGGCGGCGGCACUGUUGCCCCUUCAAGACGCCCUGGAGCGUCAAGCGGUCGCUCUUCCGCACACACGCCCUGGGCAUCUUCUCCCUGGUCUCUCUCGCCGGGGUCUUCCUCUUCGUCAGCCGCCAGGACUGGCUGCCCGGCAGGAGGGACAACCCCGUGGCAUACACCGUGAGGGGCUUCCGUUCCCCAAGGGGCGAGACCAACCAGAGCUCGCCGAGAAGUCCGUGGAGAGAGGCCCUGCCGGUGCCCCCGAAGCCGGGGGCUAACCUGAGCUCCAACCAGGCGGAGGUGCAAGAGGUGACGGGACUGGAGAACUCCCUGAGCGCCAACAGCAGCUUGUACCGGGAGAAAGGGGCGGUAGGGCAGCCGCUUGCCCGGCCUUACCGCUACAUCAUCAACCAACCGGACGUGUGCCGGGAUGCCAAGCCCUUCCUGGUGCUGCUGAUCGCGGCCGAGCCCGGGCAAGCGGAGGCUCGAAAGGCCAUCCGGCAGACUUGGGGGAACCACAGCCUGAUCCCCGCCCUGGGCCUGGUCCGCAUUUUCCUGCUGGGUCUGGGGAGGCCCGGCGACGUGCGUCUGCAGCGCUCCAUCGAGGAGGAGAGCCGGCGGCACCGUGACAUCGUCCAGCAGGAGUACAUGGACACUUACUACAACCUGACCAUUAAGACGCUCAUGGGGAUGAACUGGGUGGCCACGCACUGCCCGCAGGCCGCCUACGUCAUGAAGACCGACAGCGACAUGUUCGUCAACACGGAGUACUUGGUCCAAAAGCUGCUGAAGCCGGGGAUCCCGCCCAGGCACAACUUCUUCACCGGCUACCUGAUGAGGGGCUACGCCCCGAACCGGAACAAGGACAGCAAGUGGUACAUGUCCCCGGAGCUCUACCCCAGCGAGAGGUACCCCGUCUUCUGCUCGGGGACGGGCUACGUUUUCUCGGCCGACCUGGCCGAGAAGAUCUACGGGGUGUCCCUGGGGAUCCGCCGCCUUCACCUGGAGGACGUGUACGUGGGGAUCUGCUUGGCCAAGCUGCGCAUCGACCCGGUGCCCCCGCCCAACGAGUUCAUCUUCAACCACUGGCGGGUGUCCUACUCCAGCUGCAAGUACAGCCAACUCAUCACCUCCCACCAGUUCCAGCCCAACGAGCUCGUCAAGUACUGGAACCACUUGCAAAGCAACAAGCACAACGCCUGCAACAAGGCUGCCAAAGAGAAGGCAGGGAGGUACCGCCAGAGGAAGCUGCACUGGGGGAGGCACCAGUGAUUAACUGGAUUCGCUGCACAAAAUGGCCGUGCGUGUCACAGUGAACAGCAAAAAAAAUGGGACGACUGGUACAUUGGCUUUGAUCUGAUGCAGUCAAUUGAAAUUAUUUUUUCAGUUUAAGAGAGAUGUAUUGUAUUGUAGACCUGUAACAAAUGUUGGGAUGGUAUUUACUAAGGGGAAAACAUGGUUAAAUUAAAAAAAAUGUUAAUGUGCAAUACUGAGCAUGCACAAAAAAACGAAACAAAAAAAAGAAAAUAAAUAAAUAUGCCGAUUGAGGUGCCAAUUAAAGUUUCAGAAACAAA